CCAAACACUGGAUUACCUGUAGUACUUUAUAGUACAGUUCAAGGAUCAGCAGAGGUUGACAAUAAAGCUAAACUACGUUUAAUUCACAAUGCCAAAAAGUGACACUUGUCCAGAUGGCGUUACCAUAGAGACCACCAAAGAGAUGGACAGUGGCGAGAGCUGUGACAUAACGAGUAAUGAUGGCCUGCAGGAUCUUUCAGCAGAAGAGAAGGCUUGUCUUAUGUUCUUGGAAGAGACGAUUCAGUCCUUAGAUAUGGAGGACAGUAGUCAAUCCAAUGACGGAGCCAAAAGUUUUCCCGCUCCUGGAAACACAUCCAAUGAUGGAGCUGAAAAUUUUCCCCCUCCUGGGUAUGUAGCCACUAAAAUAGCUAAUCUUUCUGCUUCCAUGGACCGAAGCAAGCACAAAGAUGUACCAGAGCACUACUCUGAUGAACCAGGGAUGAUCGGUAGUGCUAAGCACAAUGAAAUUCUGAAUUACCUGGUUUCUACACCUUUGGUCCUGGCCAACAGCGGUGCUUAUAUUCCUCCCAAACCAGGAACAGCUGCUUCCCAAAAGAAACUGCCACCCAAACUGGAGACUGCAUAUAAGAGUGACAAGCCAUGCCAGGGUGGCAUUCACGUUCCAUCAGAAGGGAACGUAGCAGUGCUUCCUCCAGCAGUCCCCAUUAAAGACGGCAGUGAGAGAGGCCAAGAACUACAGGUUCAGUCAAAGUGUGUGUCUCUGUCCAACGAGUGUGUGGUGCAGCUACCCAAGUGUGUGUCUAUGGUAAAAAAACAUGAAUCUGAGAAGCAAAAUUCAGGUAGUAGAGGAACUCCUGAAGCCCGGAGCAGCAAGUCCAGUCCACCAGCCGUGGCCCCCAAACCCAGAAACAUACCUUCGCACAUAGCUGUCUUCAGUCACAAGGGAACCAUCAGCCCAAAUGCAGAGUCCAAUAUCCAUUCCUUAUUGACAUCUCCUGGGAGCAGAGGAAUGAUGAAACCAGACAAAGCGAGGCUGGAGGCUUUAUUCAAAUUGGGUCUGCUGAAAGAGACAGAAUCUGAACUGAAAGCAUCCAUCAAAGAAGACAGUCAUGCUACUCAAAGCUGGAGCUCCCAUCCAGAGUUGUCUAGGAGCAGGCCACUUUCUCCUAGUUUUUCUGCCGGGAACCAAGAACUGGCCGGCCAGCCGAGCCAGGGCAGCAACGUUCUCCGCCAACGCUCCGUUUCUGACCUAUCAACGGCCCCCUUGCAGCCCUACUACACCAAGCCUGGGGUGGGUAAGGCUUCUACCCUGGAGAGGUCCCAGAUGGGACUGGAGAGCGAUAUGUCCAACUGUCAAGCAGGUUCCAGCGGAGGCAUAACCCCUUCAUCUCCUGACAAAGCCCAAGUAUCAGGGCAGUGGUCUGCUACUUCUCCAGCACCCUAUAAACUCUCUCAUGCUUCGGGUUCGAGUGUGCCGAUGCCUAGCAUGGCAGACGAACGACGGGAGGCCCUUAAGAAGCUGGGCUUGCUGAAGAGCUGAAUGUUGCUCAUCGUGCUUCACUCAAAGAGCUGAGGAACCGAACCAAAGCUGUCCGUUUUACCAAUAAAUAAAGGUGUUGUGAUGGACCAUCUAAAUAUCAUGUAUAAUGUUAAGACUGACUAAAUAUCAUUUUGAUAUCUGAUUAGAUUUCAUUGGUGCAUUUUUUUGAAAAUAUUUUCUCUGCUGUUUUUUGCUUUUUCUUUUUUAUUACUUUU